GCCCGGGGUGAGCGGCGCGCGCGGCGGCCCCGCGGCACAGAGCGCCAAGCGGGGAGGGAGGGCUGGAGCGCAGACGGCCGACGCGCGGCGCAGCUGCCAUGGGCGCUCACUGACCCGCUGCUCAGCGCGAACUUCCUCGGCGGCGCGGAGCUCCUCGGCUGGCUGUGCGUCUCCUCGGCCACCAUGAAAGACGACUUCGCAGAGGAGGAGGAGGUGCAUUCCUUCGGUUACAAGCGGUUUGGUAUUCAGGAAGGAACACAAUGUACCAAAUGUAAAAAUAACUGGGCACUGAAGUUUUCUAUCAUAUUGUUAUACAUUUUGUGUGCCUUGUUAACAAUCACAGUAGCCAUUUUGGGAUACAAAGUUGUAGAGAAAAUGGACAGUGUUACAGGUGGCAUGGAGACAUCUCGCCAAACCUAUGAUGACAAGCUCACAGCAGUGGAAAGCGACCUGAAAAAAUUAGGGGACCAAACUGGGAAGAAAGCUCUCAGCACCAACUCAGAACUCUCCACCUUCAGGUCAGACAUUCUGGAUCUGCGUCAGCAACUUCGUGAGAUUACAGAAAAGACUAGCAAGAACAGAGAUACGCUGGAGAAGUUACAGGUGAGCGGGGAUGCGCUGGUGGACCAGCAGAGUCAACUGAAAGAAACUUUGGAGAAUAACUCCUUCCUCAUCACCACUGUAAACAAAACCCUCCAGGCAUAUAACGGCUAUGUCACAAAUCUGCAGCAAGACACGAGUGUGCUUCAGGGCAACCUGCAGAGCCAGAUGUAUUCUCACAACGUGGUCAUCAUGAACCUCAACAACCUGAAUCUGACCCAGGUGCAGCAAAGGAACCUCAUCACAAAUCUGCAGCGCUCUUUGGAUGACACAAGCCAGGCAAUCCAGCGAAUCAAGAAUGACUUCCAGAACCUGCAGCAGGUUUUCCUUCAAGCCAAGAAGGACACGGAUUGGCUGAAGGAGAAAGUGCAGAGCCUGCAGACGCUGGCUGCCAAUAACUCUGCCUUGGCCAAAGCCAACAAUGACACCCUGGAGGACAUGAACAGCCAGCUCAGCUCCUUUGCAGGGCAGAUGGACAACAUCACUACGGCCUCCCAAGCCAAUGAGCAGAACCUGAAAGAUCUGCAGGAUGUACACAGGGAUGCAGAGAACAGAACGGCUGUCAAGUUCAGCCAGCUGGAGGAGCGCUUCCAGCUCUUUGAGACCGACAUUGUGAACAUCAUUAGCAACAUUAGCUAUACGGCCCACUACCUACGGACACUGACCAGCAACCUGAAUGAAGUCAGGACCACGUGCACGGAUACGCUGACCAAACACACGGAUGAUCUGACCUCCUUGAAUAACACACUGGCCAACAUCCGUUUGGAUUCUGUUUCUCUCAGGAUGCAACAAGAUUUGAUGAGGUCGAGGUUGGACACUGAAGUGGCCAACUUAUCAGUGAUUAUGGAAGAAAUGAAGCUGGUGGACUCCAAGCAUGGUCAGCUCAUCAAGAAUUUUACAAUACUACAAGGUCCUCCUGGCCCCAGGGGUCCGAAAGGUGACAGAGGACAGCAGGGACCCCCGGGUCCCACUGGCAACAAGGGACAGAAAGGAGAGAAGGGGGAGCCUGGCCCUCCCGGCCCGGCCGGUGAGAGGGGCCCGAUCGGGCCGGUCGGCCCCCCUGGAGAGCGUGGUGGCAAAGGCUCCAAAGGCCUGCAGGGCCCCAAAGGCUCCCGCGGGUCCCCCGGGAAGCCCGGCCCUCAGGGCCCCAGUGGGGACCCAGGCCCCACUGGCCCACCAGGCAAGGACGGACUCCCGGGCCCCCAGGGCCCCCCCGGCUUCCAGGGACUGCAGGGUACCGUGGGGGAGCCUGGGGUGCCCGGGCCGAGGGGUCUGCCGGGCUUGCCUGGGGUGCCGGGCAUGCCGGGUCCCAAGGGCCCCCCCGGUCCCCCGGGCCCAUCAGGGGCGGCGGUGCCCCUGGCCCUGCAGAGCGAGCCAACUGCAGCACCCGAGGCCAACGGCUGCCCGCCUCACUGGAAGAACUUCACAGACAAAUGCUACUAUUUUUCGGUUGAAAAAGAAAUUUUUGAGGAUGCAAAACUUUCCUGUGAAGACAAGUCUUCACAUCUCAUUUUCAUAAACACAAGAGAGGAACAGCAAUGGAUCAAAAAGCAGAUGGUAGGGAGAGAGAACUACUGGAUCGGCCUCACAGACUCAGAGCAGGAAAACGAAUGGAAGUGGCUGGAUGGGACAUCUCUAGAGUAUAAAAAUUGGAAAGCUGGACAGCCAGAUAACUGGAGUCAUGGCCAUGGGCCUGGAGAAGACUGUGCUGGGCUGAUUUAUGCUGGGCAGUGGAACGACUUCCAAUGUGAGGACAUCAAUAACUUCAUUUGCGAAAAAGACAGGGAGACAGUACCAUCACCUGCAUUAUAAUGGACUGUGAUAUAAUAAUAAGAACAAAUUUUCGGACAGUUCUCAAAGGCAAAAGAUACUUCUUCCUCAUUGCAUCACCUUCUCACCAGAUUGAAAAAAAGCACUGAAAACCAAUUACUGAAAAAAUUGACAGCCAACGUUCUUUACCAUCUGCCAUUACUUAAGGACUUGGGAACAAAAGUGUUCCCCCAGUAUGAUACAUUGAUUUUCAGUAUGCAAAUGGACUGAAUCACAUAGAUUUUUCUCAGCCAGUAAUCGUACAGUUAUGCAAAUCAUGUCUUCCAGAGUAUGGAAUGCUCCAAUCAGAAAAAAGAUUAUCAUUGGUUGUUGAGCUUUAGGAAGAACUGAAAAUGUAUACUGUGUAAACAGUACCUUACAUUUCUAAAAUCCCACAUGUAGGAAAAAUAUGCAGACAUACAGAUAUAUAGGUCAACUUUUAGUAACAAUAUGAAAUAUACUUAAAGAGCUUUUAAAACUUUGUAUUUUUGUACAAAAUAUUUGCCUUUUUACAAUUUUUUUCUUUUUUUUGUUAUUUUACCAUUAUAGUACAUGAAGCCAAAGAAAACAAUAAUGGUACUAAUAAAAACUCAUAGGGUUUCUUGUCAGAUUUAAUUCUACACAGUGGCAAAGAAUUUUUUUCAGUUGUGGUUUAAAAAAAUAAUUAAAUAUGUGUGUAUAUGUGUAUUUUUUAAUGUAUCAUUUCCUCAGAGGAAUCAAUCACUUGAAAUGUCUAAGAAGUGUCCUUGCAGAUGUUGCCAGUGUAGGUCAAGCCUGAGCAUAUGUGUGCCUCAGUCAAGUGGGCCAUGCAUCAAGCCCAUCACCAGCCGAGACUCUUGCUGUGUGUCUGCCAGGCUCAGAGGAAGUGGUCAACUCAGGAUGUGCUUUUACUUCAUUUUGGCGGAGUCGGGGGUGGUGGAGAGGCAUCUGUUGGGAAGGGCAGAGCACCUGAAUCUGGCUAUCUAGAAGGUCCUGUUUUAUGGCUGAGGUAUGAAUAUACUUGGUAUCAGACCCAUACCAGAGCUGAUAUUAAAUGUCAGGAAAGUAUGGCAUCACAUCGGCCAAAGGCAGAGAUGCUAGAAAGAUGGGGACAGCUAUACACUACCUGGAAAGUUUAUGUUUUCUUCAGUCAGAUUCCAAAAAAUCCAUAAUUCCAAGGCACAUGCAUGAUGAAAUGCAAGAAUAAAAUCUUGGCCACUAUGUUGAACUCUUGCAAAGAACCUUUUGUCUGAGCCCAUCUACCUUCUACUCCUUGACUUGCCAUUGAAAAGUCUAACAUGAAAUGUGCUGAAAACAGGCUUAGAUGUAACUGAUGCUCAAAGGUAAGAUUUCCAUCCAACAGAUUCCCUCUCCUCUCCUCCCAAGGAGCUCCCCAGCAGUGCUGCUACCUAUCCCACAUACAAUGGUAAAAGAAUAAAGACAGAGUUUGAUUUUCACACCUGCA